UCUCCCCAGCCUCGUCCCUUCCACUCGUGCAUGCACCACUCUCACUCUCUCUCUCUCUCUCUCUCUCUUAUAUAUUCCCAACCCAGACAUAUUUUUUUUGCCUUACACCCACAACCUAAGAUCCUUCUUUUCAUUUCUUCUUGACGUUCAACACUUCCCUUCCUCCUUCAAUCUCUAUGGAACCAAUCAAUACAUGCUCUUCUUCCGCUUCUUCUUCUGAUGACUCUUCCACUUCCGGCUCUUCCUUCUCCAGCAACCCCCACAGGAAUCACGACAAUCCCGACAGAAUCAAGGGCCCCUGGAGCGCCGAAGAAGACCGGAUUCUGACCCGACUCGUUGAACGAUAUGGGCCCCGAAACUGGUCCUUGAUCAGUCGCUACAUUAAGGGAAGGUCCGGCAAGUCCUGCCGCCUGAGAUGGUGUAACCAGUUGAGCCCCAGCGUGGAGCACCGUCCAUUUUCCCAACAGGAGGACGACACCAUCAUAGCGGCUCAUGCUCAGUACGGUAACAGGUGGGCCACCAUCGCCCGGCUACUCCCGGGUCGGACCGAUAAUGCCGUGAAGAACCACUGGAACUCCACGCUCAAGAGAAGGGUGAAGGAGCAGCGUGCGGCGGAGGGCGGAGGUGCUAGUGUUGCCAACGACAGGGUUCUUGGUUCUCCCGGAUCUGUCCAGCCCUGCAUGGGAUUAGAAAUGGACAAUGACCCGCUGACGGCGUUGACUCUGGCGCCGCCUGGAGCUAACGUGGCCGCGGCUGAACGCCAGCCAAGUCCGGGGAACGUGCCGGCGGGGUUCUGGGAUGUGAUGAGGGGUGUGAUAGCGAGAGAAGUCAAAGAGUAUGUUUCUUCCACGUUUUCUGAGAACCCAGGCUUCCAUUAACAUUCGAUGAAUGAGUAGGGUGCAUCCUGGACUUUUGGCUCCGAUCUGCGAUCGGAAUAUCGGGUUCCGCAAUUAGGCUUUUGAUGUGAAUAUGAAUGUUCAGUUUAUGGGUAAAAUGUUAUUUCAUUGUAGUUUCUUCGAUGCUUCCCUUCACUAUACUCCCAUAUUCAACCGAACAUCGCGCUGUUGGUCAUAUCAACGUUGCCGUGCAAAAUACUGUCAAGAUGCUCGCUUCGUAUUUACGUUACUCA